AAAACGUGACGAAACGUUAAAAAUUAUCAAAAUUCCAAACGAACGCUUAUUAUUAAAAAAUAUUUAAUAUAAAAAGAAGUUUUCGCAUAUUGUCUUUAUCUGCUGAAAAGCUUUUGGGAAAUGGGUGAUGCUUAUAGUGUGAAAAAAUCGUGUUUAAAAAUUUGAUGCGGUGAAAAAAUGUGCAAUGGGCUAUUGUUGACAAAAAUUUGGAAAAAAAAAGUCUCAUACGUCUUAACUGACACAAGGAAGACCAUAAUAUUACAAACACUUAAUACCAAAAACUGUUUUGCAACGAAAAAUAUACAUAUGACUGAGUUAGUGCGUGGUGAAGCUUCUGAAUCGGAUGAGGAAACCCCGUCAAGACGAACAAAAAUAUUCGCUUCUGAAAUUCCAGGAGAAGCCACCGAGUCUGACGAAGAUUUGUACGAGAAGCAAAUGCCAAGAUUAUUAAGCAAACAACAAAUUACAGAAUCAAGAUAUAAAAAUAAUCUCUUACAAAGAAAAUUAAUCGAAAAUAAUGUUGCGAUCUAUAAAUCAAUGUCCGCAUUUGUGAAAAAUUUCAUAACAUCUUCGUCCAAGCAACUAUUAAAUACGGAUCAACAACUUAUGAAAUCGCAGGUAACAAUGCAGUCAGCUUUAUGUUCUUUAAAGAGCUCCCAAGAGAAUAUGAAGCAACUACAUGAAAAGAAUAAAUAUAUUUUUACAACAAACUUUCUUCCGAAUAUUAAUCUAUGAUUUUAUAUAAAAAUAAAUAAAUAACAAAAACAUAGAAAAACAGAA